UUCAGAUUUUGCUAUUUACCGGCUAUAUCUGCUCUCAUUCUGGAAUUUCAUACUCUCCAUGCCUCAAGGCUUUGCAUCUAUUCGGUCCUCCCCGCCCAAGAAUUGGCAUUCUGGGUCUACUUGUACAAUGCCGAGCCACUAGUGUUUAACGCAUUACUCCAGUCAAGAAACUUGUAGUCCUCCCCCCGAGCCUUAUCGCAAUUUUGCUGUUUCAGAUGUUUCUAGUCCCACAAAAACCCGCAGCAAGUUUACGCAAGUUCCUCCCCAUAAUGGGAGAAUUUCGGGCGAACGAGAUGGCUCGGAUUACUACCAUGGAGAAUGGAAAAUUGGCUAUAAAAGGGCUGUCUGGCCCUCUCCUUUUGCGUCUAUCAGCAGUAGCAGCAGUACUCCCACCAUCCCACGAUGCAGCUUUCCACUCUCCUCACGGCAGCAACUCUCGCCUGCGUGGCGGUUGCCCACCCCGGCCCUCACGCUCACAUCCCCCGCGCAGAGAUGGCCCGCCGCGCCGACCUGUCUUCCAAGUGCUCUAACAAGGUAGCCCGGUUCAACGAGAAGCGCUGGAAGCGGAGCCUCGCCAAGCGUUCCAGCAGCGGCAACUCGACUUUCCAAAUCACCACGGAAGCGCCUCACUACCAAACUAUCCAGAAUGAGACGUGCGUGCUCGCCCCCGAAGUGACAGAGGGUCCGUACUGGUGGCCAGAGUCACAGACUCUGCGUCAGGACAUGACGGAGGGUCAGUCCGGUGUUCCUUUGUGGCUGGAUGUGGGUGUGCUUGACAUGGCGACUUGCGAGCCGCUCGAGGACGUCCUGGUUGACUUCUGGCACUGCAAUGCUACGGGAAGUUACUCGAGCUUCACUGGAUUGUCGCCUAACACGCCAUUCGAGACGCUGUUGAAGCAGCUGAAUGUGUCGGACUAUGGGAUGGGCUCGACCGAUUUGCACACGGAUGACACCACCUUCUUGCGCGGAAUGUGGCCAACUGACAAGAACGGCAUGAUGGAGAUGAAGACUGUCUUCCCUGGCUUCUACGUUGAACGCGCUAUCCACAUCCACGUCCAAGUCCACACCGACUGGUCUCUCCGCGGAAACGGCACCAUGGCCUACGGUGACACAAUCAGCACUGGCCAGCUCUACUUCGACGAAGCACUCGAGCGCAAGAUCAUGGCCUUGGAGCCCUACGUCUCGCACACAGAAAUCAACCGGACUACCAACGCCGUCGACUCGGUUUUUUCGCAGGGUCUUGAUGGUGGAUACAACCCUGUCAUAUCUGUGGAGCCUGUGGAUGGCGAGGAUGUCACCAAGGGGAUGGUUGGGUAUGUCACUAUUGGUGUCGAUACGACUGCGGUAGAGAGCUUUGGGAAGAGAUAAGGGAUGUGCUGUGUGCUAGAGACUGAGUGUCAUGUCUUAUUUAUUAUAUUCAAGUAAUAAAUACAACCCAUCAUCGACCG